CUGUUUCUUAUAAACAGAUUAAUCACAAUGGACACGGUCAUUUCCCUCUAUGUUCUUUCAAUACUAGCACAGCAUGUAGCAGCUGAGGUUCCCUCUGUGACCUCAUUCAGAGCUGUAGUGGAGAGGGUGUCGGGGGACUCAACGAUCUUUUCGGGGGAGGAUGUCCGGCUGAGAUGCAGCAUUCCUGAUGCCCACAGGUCCAACUGGAAUUACCUGUGGUUUAGGGGAUCUGAGCUGUUACCACAGUCUGGGGAGCAGUUAGUUCUGUGGAAAGUCAAGAUUAAAGACGGUGGGAAAAUUUAUUGCCAGGGAGUGAGGGACACAGUGGUGGGAAACAUAUACACGCUCCAAAGUCUGCCUAUGGAGCUCAAUGUGGAUGGUGGGUGGGCUAUCCUGAAAGUCCAACCUCAUUCUGGCCUUGUUGGAGAGACCUUAAAGGUCACAUGUCACGUCCGAGGCAACCCCCCACUUCACGAGGUGAUUCUGUACAAGGAUGAUGAAGAAGUUAGGAGACAAAAGGGCUUUAACCCACAUUUUUACCUGACCAACUUGGCCCUCGAGGACCAAGGAAUGUAUUCUUGUCGGGCUUCCUGGGACAGAGACAGAUAUACACGAUCUGUAAUUUCAGCUCAUGUUCCAGUGCAGGUCUUUGAGGUCCUGUCACAGCCAGUUUUGGAGAUUGUUGUUGACGAUAUCCUGAUCCCAGCAAACAGGAUGAAACUCAUCUGCCACAUCCAAUACAAUGCCCAUGCUCCCGCCCCUCCAGUACACUACUAUUUCUACAAGAAUAACAACCGACUGGGAACAGCGACCUCUGAGAACCAUGAUCUGGUCAGACGGACCCCAGGCCAGUACAGCUGCAAGGCCAAGGUGCCUCAGUUGGGCCUCUCCAGGUUGAGUGAGCCCAAAAGCUUUGGACAAGUGACAGGACAACAGAUGAUGAGUCCUCCUAAUUUUCAUCCCAGAGACCCAUGGCCUUUAGCUCCCCCAGUCUCUUCCCCAGACCUCUUUCUGCCUCCUAAGGCCGAGCCACCGGCAGCCCGGCCCUCCCCUCACCGAUCCACUGCAGUUCCUGCUUUCACUCAGCCUUCUGAAGUGAGCACCCGAUCCUCAGAUCUUCCGUUCAACCCUUCACAGCCAACUCAUAGCACUCUGCUAUCUGCAGUCCGGUCUGUCGACCAAACUGCUACCCCUACCAGCGAUGAAGCUCUCGCUUUCUCUCAGGAAUCUGUCUAUAUGUCUGGAGAAUCCGGUGACAUGCCCGAGGGGUCUGGUGACAUGUCCGGGAAAUCUCCAGACACUGUCAUAUAUUGACAAUCUAUCAUACAUUGUAGAAUGUUGCAGAAGUUAAUGAUCCUAAGUCAGAGUAAUAACGUGUGACUUCUAGUCAUCUCUAAAUAUCUGAUAUUAAUCAUACUGAGCCAUUAUACUGCCAUUGCACCCUUUUUAUAUGAUUCACUGUGUAAUAUUCAUUUUAUAGAUUACAGGUAUAAACUUCAUGACUUCAACUAACUGGAUCGGUAGUGUUGGGUGUAAUAACUAAUGUCAUACUGGUUAAAGCGAAUAAAGCAUUCCAUAAAUUAUAUGUGCUACUGGAUUUUAUUUUCGAGAGAGAGCACACUCUCUUUAUAAAACCCCAUUGUACAGCUAUACUUCUUGUAUAUUCGAAGUAUUGCUGCAAUAACAUGACAGUUGAUAUCAUAUUUUUUGAUAGCAGAGGGGUAAGGUAUUACUUGGCAGAAUUACAGUAAGAGUAAUAAUACAGCUAAAGGUCACAGUGAUACUUUCUAUAUACUCGACACAUACAUGAUGUAUUUCUAUGACUCAAUUUUUAGUCGGGUAAAGAUAGCCUAGGUCGGCUAGAAAGGAAGCAGUGGUCAAAGUAUGAGAAGGAAAUAGCAAAACAGACAAAAGAGGAAGACCAGAACAGCAUGGAAUGAGUGGUUGAAGGAGCUUUAUUGGGGGAAACAAAGUGAGGCAGGGGUAUUAUGGGGCCACGGGAUUUAACUGAGGGCAAAUAUGAAGGUAGACUGUCAAUAAAUACUUCAGAAUUAUGUGUUUAAAUGAGUAAAGGCUAGGCAUAUUAUGCAGCAACACUGUAAAUUGAAUAAAAGGUGAAUAAAAUUGAAAAAAAAAAACCCUGCACACUGUCUUGCUUAC